UCCUCCACCCGGCCCAGCUGCGUCCCUGCCAGUGGCUCCUCCCACUUCCUCCGGUUCUAGUUUCCAACAACAGAGGCUGCAGCCACCCAGCCCCGAAGCAGGGCCCAGCGAGACAGGGCCCAGUGGGGCCUUAUUCUCUCUCUUGCAGCCCCAAGCGUGACCCAGCUGCAGAGAAGCUGAGACGGUGAUUCGGACUGACUGGACUCCGGCCUCCAGGUGUCUGCACCUCACACUGGACCCACCUGGAGACUCCACGGGCUCCCGGCAGCUCCGGCUGCUUGGGUGGAUCCGGGUGCCCGCAGGGGCUGCGGGAGGGCCCCGGGGCCUGCACUGCUCCCCCGACGGCCUACUCUUCCUCACGGCCGGGGCUGCGCCCUGUGUCCACGUGCUAGAUCUGGAGGGACGCCCCAUCUGCCUCCUGCCCUGCCGCGCUCCGGGGAGCGGGGCCUUCGUUCCAGAGGAUGUGGCUGUGACAGCGUCAGGGCUCGUGGUGGUCAGCGAUCCCAUCCAUGGGGCUGUCCAUGCACUCCAGCACACAGCCCGGGACCCCGGGGGCCACUGGGUGACAGUGGGCACCUUCCUGUCUCCCCGAGGGCUGGCUGUGGAUGCCCUCAACCGCCUCCUGGUGACGGACUACUUGCCUGGGGCUGUGCACAGCUUCUCGUUGGGUCCUGCUUGGGAGCCCCUGGCCCCAGCCUCCAUGCUGGGUCUGGAGGGCCCCUGCUGGGUGGGCCCAGGGCCUGAUGGGGGCCUUGCUGUGAGCGAGGAGUUUGGGGAUGUGAGGCUGUUUGGCAGUGCCCGCCAACCCCUGGGCUCCCUGGCGGGCUGGACGGGGCACACUUUCGGCUGCCCAGCGGGCAUCUGCUCCAACUCAGAGGGCAACAUUAUUGUGGCAGACGAGCAGAGGCGCCAGGUGACCCUGUUUCCCCGGGCUGGGCCACCCAUCUGCCUGGUGUCAGAGGGGCUUGGGCAGCCCUUGGGAGUGGCCUGUGCACCCCAGGGCCAGCUCCUGGUGGCUGAUGCCAAGGACAACUCCAUCAAGGUGUACCAGGGCCUCAAGGAGCUGGCCUGACCUGAGGCUGGGUUGGAGCAGCCCUCCUGUGCCUGAGGCCAGCUCCCAGGCCCUUGGAUCACUGUGGGAGGAACCCUCAGGAUGGGUGGAGCCUCCAGGCUAUGGGCAUCGCCUGCCUGUGCCAGCACCGCCUGGGCUGGGCCCUGGGCUUGGCUCGAGUUCUCCUGCUGGUGAGGCUCUGGAUCUCAGGAGCAGCCCUGAGUCUGCUUCCCAGGCUGCCCCUGCCAGGCCUGCAGCCUCCCCAGCCGGGGCCGCUCUCUGCUGUCCCCAUUCAGUGCCCUGGCCCCUGCAUUCAUGCCCCCCACAUCCCCUCAGCCCCUGUGCCUGGACUUUGGGGCUGGCAGCUGAAGCCUUGAGAUCCCGGACCAGCUGCCGGCACACAGCUAGGCAGGCUCUCCCACCGGUUGCCCCCGCCCAGGCCUCCUAAUCAGGGGCAGACAGGCAGGGAGGGUGUGGCUGGGCUGGGCUGGGCGGGGCGGCCUGGGGCAGGGGUGUGGCCCCUAAAUGUCCCCAACCUCAGAGGGACCUGGAGUCCUGAGCCUCCCGCAGCUUCUCUGGGCCUGGCAGAGGUAAGGGGGAGGCAACCCUGGAGUGUCUGGAGGCCCAUGGCUGGCUGAACCCUGGAUGCCUUUUCUUCCGCGUCCCCAUGAAUGAAAGCUGUCUGGGCUUUCAUUCUGCAAACAGGGACAAACAGCUCCAUGCUGUUUGUCCUCCCAGUGCAGCCGUGCUGGGAGGGCCUGGGGGAGCUUCCUACAAGGAGAGACUCCUGCUGCUUUGGAAAACUGAGAAAAACCAGGGGUCUAACCCUGUCCUCCCAUUUUACGAGUGGGGAAACGAGGCGUGAAAGGAGAGGCGUCUGGGUUACUCCGUGGGUCUGGGGUCCAGGGAAGGGCCUGUAUGGGGGAGGGAGCUGGGAGGGGACGGUGUCUGGCUCUACCCCUGUGGGGUGGGGAGGUGGGGCUCCCCUGUAUCACAGGACAUCACCCCUGAGAGGCCCCUCAUAUGUCUGAGUCCUGUGGGUUGGGGAUCGACUACGCAAUGAAGUUAGGUGCUCAAUAAAUAAACGGAGUUGCUGCUGA